UAUCAUGACAUUAUAUUAUUGUACGGCGCGAUAUCGUGCCGGAUCGUAGUCGUCCGUCCGCAACACUCCGUCCGCACGGCACAACGAUCGAGCGCGGUCGUCCGCACAACCACAACUACCCAGUAAGUAGGCAUUGCACAUACGCGAACCGCAGUGUUCAGGGCGAAUAUCCAUCGCACGGUGCACGUGAACAGCGAAGAGUCUUCCCUCUGCACGAGCACGACCCGGAGACGACCGCCGCCAUUAUAACAUAGUUGUUGUCGCGCGUACGACGUAACCUCGAACCGUUGUUACGCGCAACACUCCUCGCAAUCCGUUGGACCCGCGGGCUACGGCGCGACUUUUCGGGCUGUAUAUACGACAGGCGCCUACAUGAUAAUAUCGUUAUGACAUAAUUUGCGUCACACGUCGAAACCGAGAAACUUUGACGACGGACAGUGUAGGCGCACGGUCAUAACAUCGCCCCGUGCCGCGGUACCUAUAUUAUUAUAGUAUUGACGAAAUCGGUGGACUAUUGCACACAGUCUGCACCGCACCCGCGACACGCGUCCACGCCGCACGGAUGACCGAGGACAAGAAUCUCACCCCGUUCUCCAUAGCGGACAUACUCAAAAGCGACGACCGAGUGGCCCGCGAUGGAGUCGCCGCGGCGGCACCUGCUGCACGUCGCGCCAAGAACUGCGCCGACGGAGCGCUGGACAUGACCAACAACAAAUGCGCCGACAAAAAAGAUGAUCUUAAGUUCCAUGAUAUCGAAUACCGGAGGAGAAUCGAACUUUUGGGUAACGGGGACUUCAUAUUUAAUCGGACGGGGGACCAUCGAAGUGCACUGUCACGAUUCUUGCGGACUCACAGUGAGAGGCCACUGCACAUACAACAACGCAAAAAACGGUCUAGAGCCGCUUUCUCGCACACCCAGGUGUUCGAGUUGGAACGGCGGUUCAACCAGCAGCGUUACCUGUCGGGCCCGGAACGUGCCGACCUGGCCCACUCUUUGAAGCUGACCGAGACUCAGGUGAAGAUAUGGUUCCAGAACAGGCGGUACAAGACCAAGCGCAAGCAACUUCAAGUGCCGUCCGGGGGUGGUGGAGGUGGUGGAGGUAGUCCGCCUGCCAAAAGAGUGGCGGUCAAAGUUCUGGUCCGCAACGACGAGUGUCCCAAAGAGGCCGCGCACCAGAUGUCGCCCGAGGCCUAUCACCGUCAGUCGUCCAGACACGCAGCCCAGGGUGCAGUGGCCGUGGCGGCGGCUGCUGCAGCUGCGGCGGCGGCGGCCAGUGGCGAUUACCGAAUGCAGCAACUGUUGCAACAGCAACUGCACCAGCACCGAAGCCACUUACACCACCAACGCCUCCACCGUGGAGGUGCUGAGCACGCCCCGAUCGGUUAUUUGCCCCACCAGCCCACUUUCGGCAACGGGUUGCAUCACUUUCCUCCGGGCGCCGUCGCCGCUUCCGGCGCUGCCCCGUACUACUGUUACGAGUACGGACCGGUAGUGGCGGCGUACCUGCAACACGAACCCGGCAGCCGGGUGUCGUCCACGACCACGACCGACGAGCUGCAAGACACGUCCGACGCCGGCAGCGAGUGUUCAAUAAACGUCAUCGACGAGUGUCCCACGUCCACGACGGUCUCCGAGUGACGCGCGUCCGCAUGACAAUCGACGGACGAUCCGCUGUCAUGAUAACCGCGACGCAGACACUCGGCAUUUCAUUUGAGGGGGUGUAAAAAACCGGCUUAGAUGCAUUUCGGUUUUCCGAUGUGGUCGCUCAGGACCCCCGAAAUUUUCAAAAACGAGGAGACCACUUUAACCGCACCCUUGCAAAACAAUAACCAUAUCUUCCGCGCGGCGUAGGAGAAGGUUUGACGCGUUACGCCAUAGUAGUUUUACACAAAUCCGAUUUUUGUCCAGUAGGUAGUUAUCUUUUGAUAGCGAUCGUUAAUGCUUGUUAUAAUACCUACCUGUCGUACCUAUAUUAUAAAAACAGAACCAGAUUUUUUUUUCUUUUUGUAUAGCCACGUGAAUCGAUCGUUCCCCAUUUUCAACUCUCUUUAAUACUUACUUUAUUUUAAGUACAACGUUGUACCAUAUUAUUUAUUCAAUUUUCAAAUCGUCGAAUUCUCAUUUCUUUUUACUACCAUACAUUAAUCAAUAAUUAGGUAUAAGCUCUUUUUAUUCAAUUGCUUAAAAAUGUUCAGAUGAACAUAAAUAUAUAGGUAUAUAAUAUGAUGAAUAUAAUAAAAUAGACACAUAGUAUGUACUUAGUUACUAUGUGUUUAUUGCUAUUAUUAGAUACAUUAAUUUAUCGUAGUAACUAAAGUAACUAUGACGGCAUCACACAAUAAACAUACAAAAUUUCAAUAGUGAAAAUAUAUAUAAUAUAUAUUCUUGAAUUUAUUACAGUUUUUUCAUCAAGAUCAAGAAGUUUUUAUGGGCGCAUGUAAACUCCGACACAAGUACUUAUUUUUAGUGGUAACUCUGCCUAAAAUAAACCAUAAAAACACCACUAUGAAAAAAAAUCAGGUAAAAAUAUAAAGGCAUUGUAUAUUAUAAUAUAAUCUAUAGAAAAAAAAAAUCAUAAUUUGUUAUUGUAUUUCCAUUUCAUUUCACCUGACUCGUAGGCAUCUAAUCGUAGUUGACAAAUUAAGUUUAAAUUAAUUUAUUUUUCAUAAAAUUAAUAUUGUACCUAUACACAAUUAUUGUGCAUACAAAAUUUGAUUUGGUUCUUUUUUUCAAUAAUAUCGGUUAAGUUUAUUAGCUUACAUAAAUUUAUUAACAGUGGAGUUUAGGAAUCUUUUACAGAACAAUAAAUGUACCAGUGAAAUUUACAUGCGCCCUUUGGCGUAAUAUUAUCUAAAAAUUUGAUUCGUAAUCCCUAUUUAGUAUUUUCAAUAAUCUAUUGUGACCGAUUUUGUUUUUAGUUUUACAAAAAUGCUCAAAUACGGGCUUAAAACUUGACAAUAUUAUAUUAUUAGUACUAUAAAGCAGUUAUACACUUAGAUUUAAAUAUUAGUGAUUAUUACUAUUAUUAUUAUUAUUGUUGUUGUUUAUUAACGCCAAAACGGAAAUUUUGCAUAGUAUAACAAAUAUGGUAAUAAGGUGUAUAAUUAUAUUGGUACAAUAAACUAACGCCCAUAAAUAAUUAAAUACAGAAAUAAUGUAGAUAGCAAUAAUUCAAAAAUAUACAUAUAAUAUAUUAAGUUGUAUAGUGGCCUAAAGACUAAUAAAGUAAUAACUAAGAUGUACCUAUAAUAGAAUAUAUAUUAUAUUAUUGCCUACCGUGGUACGUAUGUACACCAUCAUUGUUCAAAUAUUCGUAAUAUGUUUAUAUUAUGCUAAUUGUAAUAAGUCACUGCAGCAAUACGGAAUCGAUUGGUAAUAUGUGUAUGCAUCACCCAACCAAUAAGAUCAAUUUACAUUAAUUGUGUUGAUUGUAUUGUUCACUGCAGCAGCUGUCUACCAAACUAAAACAUUCAUUACCGGUUAAAAUCAAUUAAAAAACACAUAUUUAUCUAUUUUAUAUAUUUAUAUUAUACUUUAAGUAGGUACAAUUAGGUAUGUUAAAAUCAUAAAAUAGGGGAUUAAAAUAAUGAAAUAUAAUCGUUAGAUUACCAAAAAAAAAAAAAAAAGUUCCAGAAUUAUAUUAUGAUAUUGACAUAAAUUCGGUAUAUUAUGUAAACAUUAUAUUAUACAAUAUCUACUUUUAAUUAGUGAAAUUAAUUUUUAUUUGAACUCAUUUACCAAUACAAUAUAUUAAAAUUAAUUGAAUAUUAUUUGCUAUUGCCUAUUCGUGUUAUUUACUUACGUCUUAAAUAAAAUAUUUUUAAAUAAUUUUUAAUAGGUAGGUACUAGUUUUCAAAUGUAUGAUCCCGAUUUAUUACGAUAGGGUCAUGAAAAUAUCACGAUUUGGUCCAAAAAAUAAUAAUUUUUAAUAAAAAUAAGUCAUUUAAUAAAUUGAUGAGAAAUAUUAUACAUUUAUAACACAUCAUAGGUUUUGGUUAUAAUUUAUGAUCUCAGUAUACAAUUUUCAAAUUUUUGAAACGCGUUUCGUGUAUAUAAUCCCGAUAUUGUUUUCAAAUGAUUUAUGGAUUAAAUCUUGACCAAAAUGAUAACCAUCACAUUACCAUGUGUACGCAUGUAUAAUAAUUUACUAAGAAAAUUUGUAUUUUAUUUCGUGUACUUAACGUCAAAAAAGUUUGUUGUUAGUUUUAUUUGUUACUCAAUAUUAGCUUUUAGAUUUUUAUUGUAAAACAUUUGCGUUCCUCGAGAGUAUAUUUUAUAUUUGAGUUUAUAUUAGAUUUAACGAUUACAUCAUAAUAAUUAUAUUAUAUUAUAUUGUCUAUAAUGUAAAUAUGCAAUGUUUAUAUAGGUAGCUCAUAUAGCCGUAAUUUGUUAAAAACUAAAUGGAUGAUUAUUAUUAUUACGAUUGUUUGUUUACUUACCUUUAGUUAAAAAUAAUACAUUUUGUAAGAAUAAAUGAACAUACCUAUUUGUUUUGUUUAUCCUUGUUAAAUUUUAG